CGUUUGUUUUAUAUAUAUAAAGUAAGGUCGGCGAACCAGUCAAUUAUAUAAGGCACAGCGUUUGUGAUGUUGUGGUAAAUGUAUUUAUUUUAAACCUCAAAACCAAUUGUGAUUAUAGUAUGGUGAAGCUACACAUAAAAAAAGGUGACGAAAGUCAGUUUCUUUAUGAGACGACUGUUGACGCCCCUGUAGAUGGAGUCACUGAGGAAGUUGCCACUAUCUAUAAUGGUCGUCUCAAAGUUCAGCGAAUAUGUGCAGAGAUGGAUGAGCUGGCGAAACAUGGGAUCACUCUUCCACCAAACAUGCAGGGGCUGACAGAGGAGCAGGUUUCAGAACUCAAACUCAAGGACGAGUGGGCGGAGAAAUGUGUUCCCAGUGGGGGUUCGGUUUUUAAGGAAGAUAAGAUCGGCAGACGAAAUGGCCAGGCACCAAAUGAAAAAAUGGCUGAGCUAAUUACAAAAACAAUAAAAGAGGCAAAGGAUCUUAUUUCCAAGAAAAAGGUUGAUGCCAAUGUCAUGGUAACUCUAGCUACUGUGAAGGAGGCUCUGGAUAUUCUGCGAGGAGCUGUGAUGAUCGUCUACCCUAUGGGUCUCCCUCCACACGACACCAUCAAAGAGGAGUUUGAAAACACAGAGGAUCUCUCAGGAACACAGGCAUUACUGGAUGUUAUUGAACCUCCAAAAGCAUCUCUUUGGUGGGCUGGCAAGGAAAUGAUCAGAGGAAAGAAAUUAUUGGACUUCGUAGGCAAAAAUGACAAGACUAAAAUAGUGGUCAAGAUUCAAAAGGUUGGUCAGGGGGCACCCAGCAGAGAACAGGUUGUCAGUCCAGAGCAGCAGAAAGAAAUGAUGGCUUAUUACUACAAAAAACAGGAGGAGUGGAAGAAACUUCAAGCCGAUUCGGAAGAUGCGUAUAUGGAUUCUGAAUGGGCGGACAGUCACCAAUUGAAGAGACAAUUUCACGGCAUAAAGGACGUCAAGUGGGGUCCCAGGUGAUCCAUACCCCUUCACGUGUGAACUAUACCUCUCAGCAUCACCGGCUUAAAUGUAUAAAUGGUUUCAGUCUAUAGACGGUUUACUGCAAUGUGUUCAGUCAGCAUUAUUUAUUGUUCUGCAGUGUGCAGUUGUUAUACUCUACAACAUCUGUCAGUUUUUUUAACUGUUUGACAAAACUAUAUUUGCAGAAGAUGAAAUCAAACAAAAUAUGAAACUACAGUUCCUUGUGUGAAGUACAUGUUCUGUUAAAAAAUGUAUGUAAGUUAUUUAAUAUACAGUAAUAAUAGUAGACAUUUGACGGAAGCAAGUUUCUGUUGAGGAAUUUUAUGCAAGUAUUUUUGGGAAAUGUCAUUUUUUUUUUUUUAUCUGUUGAAACGUGUCAUAUGUCUUGGAACUCUUUCUGCGACAAAACAUUUGUUUUCUCAUCUGUAUUUAAUAUUUAUUGGUUUACCAUUUGAUUACUUUUCAUUUAAUUUUAUAAGUAGCACCUCAUACAUAAGUGCUACAUGUUCACUUGAAAAUAUAUAAGAAUUGCUCGUCAUUUAAAUUUUUUUUAUCAAUGUAUAACAGUCACAAAUUUUAUAAAAUCAUAGCCUAGUGAAGCAAUUUUAUACUAAAUUUGUGACAGUUAUACAUUGAUAAAUUCACCAAAUUUGGCAACCAAUAUUUAUAAUUUCAAACAACACAAAUUAUUUAGUUAAAAAUUAACAUAAAUAAGUUUCUAAAGUCCUUUUCAUGACCUGUUUUAUGUAAUUAUGUCACAUCUGAUGUAAUGAUGUAAUUUUCUGAGGUUUAUCGAAGGAUAACAUUCUGUUUUUUGAUGAUGUCCAAUCGCAAUAGAGCAACUUGUAUAGCAGUGGAAAGUUUUAAAAUUAUUUUUAAAUAUCACAUGUUUAGAACAGAUUUUAUUUUGUUAUAAAUGUUUGUAUCUUUUUAAGUCACUGGUACAGUACAUGCAGCAGAUUUUCUAAUGUGUACAGAUAAUUGUAUCAAUAUUUCCAGGCUUAGUACAACGAUAUCUGUGUUUGUAGUAUUGGCUGGAUAACACUUGUUUUGGUGCAAAACUGCCGACAUUCCUUCAGUGUAUUUCAUGAACAAAUUAUAAGUAUACUUAGUAAAAACAAAUUGUAAAUUAAUGCCAUGAAAUAAUAAUAAAUAAUAAUGAAUGUA